GCAGAUCCAUGACGUAAUCCGCGGAGAGGCAGAACCGGAUCACCGCCGCACUACGCGCACGCACACAGACUUCCCGGGAUGCAUUCGGAUGCGUCCAGCCGGGGGGGUUGCCAUAGGUUUGGGCGGGGGGGCGUCACGUCAUGGAGGUCGGAUUCGGCGGAAUGAGCUUGGACUCGGACCGGCAGUAGCAGCAGCACCCGGGCCGGGGAUGCUGCCGGAGGCGCCGACCGUCAUCUUGGAUUAACCGCCAUGGAACCGGGGGUCGCCCCCGCACCGACUCCAUACUCCUCCUGGGCGUGAAAUAACGUAGGCUCCGCGCCCCCCCCCCCCUCCUCCCCGCCCCGUUGAGCCCUGAUGUGAUGCUCCUGCCGUUCCUCUCCACGGACGGUCAGAGCAGCUUCCCGCCUCCGUGCGGCCUCCUCCCGGCGCCGGGAGGUUCCUGAGGACCUCCUCCGUGUGGGGUUGGGGGGGCGCUGAAGCCUGCAGGGGUGGACCCCCUCCAGCUCCGGUCGGAGCCAUGGCCAAUGAACCCGUCAUCCUCAACGUGUAUGACAUGUACUGGAUCAAUGAGUACACCUCCAACCUGGGCAUCGGCGUUUUCCACUCGGGCAUCGAGAUCUACGGCAGAGAGUUUGCGUACGGGGGCCACCCUUACCCCUUCAGCGGCAUCUUCGAAAUCAACCCUGGCAACGCUGCUGAGCUCGGAGAGACGUUCAAAUUCAAGGAGGCCAUCGUUUUGGGCACCACGGACUUCGCAGAGGAGGACAUGGAUAAGAUCAUGGGGGAGCUCGGGAAGGAGUUCAAAGGGAACGCCUACCACCUGAUGCACAAAAACUGCAACCAUUUCUCGUCCUCGCUGUCUGAGUUGCUGUGUGGGCGAGAAAUCCCCCGCUGGGUCAACCGACUGGCAUACUUCAGCUCCUGCAUCCCCUUCCUGCAGAGCUGCCUCCCGAAGGAGUGGCUGACCCCCGCCGCCCUGCAGAGCCACAUCAGCCUGGGCCUCCACAAGGAGGAGCAGAACGAGUCCAGCGACGACGACCCCUCCUCGCCGUCCGGCACCGCUGCUACCAGCUCUGGCUGUCGCCACACCAGGGUGUGACCUCCCCCAUGACCUCUAAGUGCUUUUGCCCGCCCGACCUGUUCGGCCUCCAAGAGGAGAGGCAGACAGCAGGAGUUCCUCCUCUUAGCCAGAAACUUCUGUUUGAAGGAUGUGGGCGGGGCUUGGGGGCCGAACUUGGCUCAGACUGCGUCGACGAAUCUCGCAGAUUUGAGUUUUUGAAAACCUCCGUCCGCCUUGUUCCCGCUGCUCCUGUGAGGUUUCCAGGACACCGCUGACUGGACGUUUCCUGUCACAUGACCUCUUUGUGGCCUUCAGUUCGUUUGUUUCUUGAUUCAGAAAAAAACACAGCUCUUGGUGUCAUCAAGACUUCAUUUUCUCGUCUGCCUCGUCUCCAGAGACGGAACUAAAAUCCCAGCUGCAGCCCCGACAGAGCGUCACAGACGUCUCCUCGCGUUUUUUAAUUGGAGGGAAAUUUCCCCGACAGUCGCUGAGCUCUGGACAAGCUUCUGUCCACGGAGACCAUUAGAGGUGGAAGUCUGCGGGGAUCUGAAAUCUGUGCGGCCGAAGGGGAGAAAAAAAUCCCGUUAAGAAAGCCAUACGUGUGGCGUGUUGCAGGAGCAGCUCAGGUCCUUCCUGAGACUAAACACUGGAAAAUUCUUCUCUUUGCUGAAAUUUGUUUCUGUUGAAAUGAAAAAAAAGUCAGAUUUCAGAAGGAAUCUGCUUGAUGUUUUAGAGAAAUUCUAAACCCGGUGCAGAGAUGUUUGGUUCCUCCUCAGUCAGCCUGCAAGUCGGCUCUUCACGCCGACCUUCACACCUUGAUCCACGCCAAAGUGCUGGAUGUGUCUUUAAAAAGCUCAGGACCAAACCAGGCAGCUGUGCUUCAGACGUGGAUCACUGGCUCCGCGCCGACCUCCGUCGACCACCUGCUGAGGUUCUUUCAGAUCUCCGAGUGGUUCUCAAACAUGACGGAAACAAAUCAUCUCUGUGUUUUUAAAGAUGGUUGCUGGAAACCGCAGAUCCACAGACUCACUGCUGCUGCUAUGACCCCCAUGGCGCCAUCAAUGGCAUGACCGCCAUGACCCCCAUGAGUGCCAUGGCCACCAUGACCGCUAUGACAACAUGACCGCCACGACCCCCAUGGCGCCAUCAAUGGCAUGACCGCCAUGACCCCCAUGAGUGCCAUGUCCGCCUUGGCCGCCAGGACUGCCAUGACCGCCAUGAUCACCAUGCCCUUCACACACCUCCAUGAUCACCAUGGCCAACAUGACCUCCAUGACCAACAUGACCUCCAUGACCGCUAUUAUCUCCAUUACGCCAUGUCCCCCAUGGCGCCAUCAAUGGCAGAAACCCCCAUGAUCGCUAUGACCGCCAUGACCGCCAUGAUCGACAUGGUGCCAUUAAUGGCAUGACCGCAAUGACCCCCCAAAACCGCCAUAUCAGCCAUGACCGCCAUGGCCGCCAUGAUCUCCAUGACUGCCAUGACCACUAUGAUUUUGAUUUAAAAUGUUUUUUUUUCAUGCAAUCAAAUAAGAAUAAUACACAAUAAAAUCAUCAGUUAUGCAUUCCUACAAUGAUGAAUCAAACUUAGGAUAAUUAGAGAUAUUAAUAAAUAGUGCUUGGAAGGGAGUGGAAGGAAGCAAACUCAUAUAACCCCACCCCUGUUCCACCGUAACCAUUUUAUUAGAUGAUUCAUCAUUAUCCGGUUCCUGGCUUUUAUCAGACAGAAUUGAGAGUCCUGAAAUGACCCCCAUGACCAUCAUGACUGCUAUGACCCCUGUGAUCGCCAUGACCCCCAUGACCACCACGACCGCCAUGACAACCAACACCACUAUGACCCCUGUGACCACCAUGACCGCCAUGACAACCAAGACCGCUAUGACCGCCAUGACCGCCAUGACCGCCAUGACAACCAAGACCGCUAUGACCGCCAUGACCGCCAUGACAACCAAGACCGCUAUGACAACCAUGACCGCCAUGACAACCAAGACCGCUAUGACCGCCAUGACCCCCAAGACCGCUAUGACCGCCAUGACAACCAAGACCGCUAUGACCCCUGUGACCGCCAUGACCCCUGUGACUGCCUCAACAGGUUCCUCUGUAUUUAAGACCCUUUCAUCAGUUAGCGGUGACCUGUCAUUCUAAACUGACCUUUCCAGGGUUGUUUUGGUUUUGACAUUCAGAGGGAUUUUAUUUUCUAACACAGUUGUUUGGGGUCAAAUCCGGAUCCGCUUAUGGUAAAGGAAAAACCAGAAAGAAAAAAGUAAAAACAGUUUUUAACUCGUCUGCACACACGGUCAACUUUGAAAGACGUGGAAAAUUUGGGGAAAUAAAUUAAUUCUUAAAAUAAUUUUAAUUGGGGAAAAAAAUGUGAAAACCUAAAAUAAAUAAACCAUAAACAUGAAACUAAUUUAAAUGAAUUUUUUUUUUUUGUAGUAAUAGCUGCUGUUUUAUAUUUUUAAUUUUUGUUUUUCUCCUUCUUUGCUUUUAGUCUCAAUUUACUGUUUCAAUUCAGAAUUCUUGUACCAUGUGAUUUUUCGAGGGGGUGGGGCUUUGAGCCCAUUGGCUACCUGGAAAUGAUUGAGGUCAGUUGACAGAGGUGAUGGUGACGUCAUUUCUGCUUAAGAUCAGCGUCUGUUGUUGGCGCCGCCUGUGUCUUCCUUCCAUUAUCAGCACUGGACACUAAGGGCAAAAACAGCAGCUGUUAAGAAAAACAUUAUUUACAUUUGAUGACAAUUUUUGGUUUACAGUUUCUGUAAUUUUCCUCAUUUAAAAUAUUUCUUUCAAGUUUACAAUGUGGACUUUUUGUUAAAAAAUUUCAACCUGGUUUUUCAUUCACUUGAAACUGACCCCGAUUGACCCCACACUAGAAAAAACCCAGUUCAGUGCCAGUUUUCUCCCAGAAUGACGUGAACGUCAUACGUUCUUCUACCAUGUGAUGCAUCACGUUUGCUCAAAGGCAGUGACCCGGUCUGAAGGCAGUUUCAUCCUCACACCCCGACAGAAUAAUGUCUCUGUUUAGUUCUGCAGGUCACAAAACUUCUUUUUCUUUUCUGGCAUUUUUCUAAAUCUCAGAAAAUGAUCUGAUAAAGACGUCUGCAGGGGUGCAACAAACUGUCUAUCAUAUCAGUAUUUGACUGAUUUCUAGUUAAAAAUAACAAUUACCCUUGAUAAAAAGCAACACCUGGGCCUGACAGGUAUCAUUUCACUGAAAUGUGAUGUUUGUAGGAAAGAAUUCUACAGAAACGGGGAACUUUUACUUGUUCUGUCAGAGGAUUUUUGUAUUUUCUGCUCAUUACAAGCCCAGUUUCCUUUAACAUCCAGCUUACUUGGUACAAAUGUUUUCAGAGUUUCUAGUUUUUAGAAAAGUUCAAUCAAAACCUUUUGAUUAAAAUGAUUUCGUAAAAGUCAAAACAAAUCUGUACUUGUCGGAACAUUUGACUGUCCUCUGCGUCGUCUGCGGUUCCUCCUCUGGGAUCCUCGAAACCAGAAAACAACUACAAGCUUGAAUGAAAACCGUGACCGGUUGUUAAAUUUCAAAGGAUGAGGCAGAGACCUGAAAGGCCUGAUCGACAGUCUGCUGCACAUUUAUUCAGGGAGGUCAAAGCCGGCGUUCUGGUGGCAAACACAGUGCAUUGUCACACAGCCACUACAAAAAUUUAACGCAGAUUGCACGGAUGAACAUUAGUCAUGCGUGAACACAUGUGGAAAAAAUGAGAAAAGUUGUGGUUUUUACAUGAAAUUUUCACAGAUGUAUCAGGAAUGAACCACGUUAAAACCACAUAAGUAUGAAAAAACCACGCAAAGAACACGCAAACCAACGUAGAACAUGAACUGUGUGAUUAUUGCUCUGUUUAUCUGCAAUUCAUAUGUGAUUCUUGUGUCAAUGAUGUCAUUUGAACGUGAUCUGUGCGCCGAAUGCGCGAUAUAUAGCACAGACAGUCUACUGUAAAAGUUAUACAUCGGUGGUUCAUGCGUGAUAUGUCCGUUAGAUAUACGUCAAACGGUCGCCGACACUAAUUUGUUCAUACAUUUCACAAAAAUCACACAAUUGCAUAAGAGUUACAUAAUAAUUGUGUAUAAACUAUGUAAAACACAGAAUUCACGUGAAGACCCGUCGACUGAAUCCCUGACGGACGUCCGUGCACAUCGACCAACGCAACAGACACUGAUGAAUGAUGUCGAUCACACAUGAAUGAUGUCGAUCACACGUGGAUCACGAAAGACCAACAGUUCAUACGUGGAAAAUGAGCAGACUGUACAUAUAGCGGCUGUGUGACACGACCUUUAGGUUUGACCUUGAACUUUGGAUCAGGAAGGAGCCGAUCUGUGUCUGGAUGACGGAGCCAGAACAACAUUUCUGAAAGAUGAGCUGUAAAAUCUUCACUUUGGUUUUUAACGUAGUCUCAGAGCUGGAAAGAGUUACAGUUGAUGUAGCCCCAAAAGAUAAACGGUUCGGUUUUCCAAAUCAGAUUUGGGCAGAAAUGACCAGAUUGUGGUGAAACUGAACAACUCUGAGUCUGAAUCAAACACAAAUAACUUUCUGCUUUUGAAAUUUGACCCAAACACUUGAGGAAGAUUUGGAAUUUGUUGAGUUAUCAGACAGUAACAAUCAAAUGGUGCUGAUGUGACCAAAGAGAAGCAUGUAGAUAGAAAAAGGGCCUAGAGUUAAACCCUGAGGUACACCACAUGAAGUUUCCAGGGACUCAUCCUAACAGAUAUGAAUGCAAACAGGAGCACAGAACUCUGAUAAAAUAGAUUUAAACUGAACCCUAUAAUGCUUUAUUAAUCCAUCAAUCUGACCCAAAUCUCCGACUGACAGGAGGCGUUUCUACUGCAAAUAUCUAAAACCAGGAAAAAGGUCUAAAACUGUAACCCUGAAGAACCAAACAACAAUUUUCUUCAGGUUUUUUAAAGUUUAUUAAACAAAUUGGGUUUUUGUUUGUUCAUUUUGAGAAGCAGCAAUUCAUGGCAGCCAAAAAAAAUAAAAAAUAGAUAAAAAGUGACCUUGAAAAAAAGCAAAUUAAAAACAAAAAAACGACUGAGGGCCAAAUUUGACCCCUUGAGAUUAAAACAAUUGCUGGAGGUUUUCAGUUUUACAUCUCAAAAACUAUUUUCCUUUUUUUCUCCAUACCAUUUCUCUACAUAUGAUUUUCCCUCCCAGUUUCUCUAAAAGGUGACGUUUCAUUUGUUCAACCUCUUUGUCCAGUCUUGAUGCUUCUAAUCAGUUUUUAUGUAAAUCCAGAACUUAAUGAUUGGAAAACGACAGCUCUCUGUUUCAGUGCAGGUUUGGUUUCAGAGGGAAAUCUGCCUCUGAAGUGGAGCAGCAGAAACGGCGGCGUGUCUUCAUCGAUUCCUGGAGCUGGCUUUCAGUCAAUCAGUGACUGUUUGGUGAGCAGGAAGCUGCUGAGGUCGAGCUUUUUCUUGGAGCAGGGUCACGUGACCUCCUGCUGCUGGUCUCUGACAUCCUGCAGUUGAGCAAAUGAAAUAAUCAUCUUGUCAUUGAAUCUAAAACCUCUUUGAGCAUAAAACAGACUCAGUUUUGGUUUAGUCUAAAGACAUUUUGGUAAGUUUGGAGUCAAUGGGGCUGAAAAGUGUUGAGUUUUACAAACCCAGAUCUGUUUCCAGACAGUUUUUUUUCUUUUGUUCUGUGAAAACCUUGUAUUCAAUCUUUUUCUAACCUACAAGCAUUUCAAGACUGAUUGUGAUUAUAAUUAAAGAAAUUGACCCGG